AUGACUUCCAAGAACAAUCCAAGGACUCGCCAUCCAGCAUCCUCGCUCGGCACUUCUCACAGAGCCAACCCAAUGGAACGUUUUUGCCUCUACGAAACCCGUGUGAGAUUCUACAUUACCGGCUGUGACCAACCUGGGAUCACGAAUCGGGUGCUGAAAAUCGAUAAGACUCUAGAUGAUGAUGGCAACCUAAUGAUUACCGAAGAUGCCACAAUUUAUACGGCUGUGGAAUUGAAGGCCUUGAUUGAGCAGCUCAGCAUGGGCAAUGCCUCAUCUGGCGGGCUCACCCGACCGCUCGAGCCCUUUUGGGGUAUUGUCGGUUUUAUCAAAUUUACCGGCCCAUAUUACAUGGUCACUAUCAAGACCAGGAUCCCUGUGGCGAUGGUCGGAGGUCAUUACAUAUAUCAUAGUGAAGAAACUCAACUGACGCCGAUCACAGGGAAGGUGGCCAAAAACCAGCAAGUCGAAGAAGCUAGACUCAUGGCCGCCUUCAAGAGUGUCGACCUGAGCAAGAAUUUCUACUUCAGCUAUUCAUACGACAUAACCAACACCCUUCAAUCCUACUUCAUUCAUACAACCUCCCACUCAGCAUCUCAGUCUGCCUUCCCACGCGAGUUUACCGGCCCAUCUCCUCACGAUCCCUCUACAGAGCUCAAAGGACUUGACCGAAGACGAGUUGCAUGGGGCUUUCAUGACAAGUUUUUCUGGAAUCAUUACCUUCUGACGUCUGCAUUUGGGAACAGCAUUGAUAAAGAAGGAGGCAGUCCAUGGGUCCUACCGCUUAUCUACGGCUUUGUGGAUCAAUCCAAGUUGAAUGUCUUUGGACGAACGGUGUAUGUCGCUGUUAUCGCUCGACGUUCACGUCAUUUCGCUGGUGCCCGGUUUUUGAAACGAGGUGUUAGUGAAGAUGGAUAUGUGGCAAACGAAGUAGAAAUCGAACAAAUCGUUGCCGAUGGUAUCACCACUUCCCUACAUCUCCCGGAUCCAGACAAUCGAGAGGACGUUGACGCCCGCAAGCCCAAUCCUCGAUACACCAGCUAUGUCCAGUUGCGUGGGAGUAUCCCUUUACUCUGGAAUCAAGACACAACGAUCACCAAAGCCAAGCCACCAAUUGAAUUUUCGAUAAUUGACCCAUAUUUCUCCGGAGCUGCCAUCCACUUCGAUGACCUCUUCGCACGCUACGGAGCCCCUGUGAUUGUCUUGAACCUCAUCAAAGAGAAGGAGCGGCAGACGAGGGAAUCGAAACUAUUACCAGAGUUUAGGCAAUGCUUGAAAUAUCUCAGUCAAUUCUUACCCGAGCCCUCACAUCUUGAGUUCUCUUCCUUUGACAUGAGCGCUGCCCAACGCUCACGGCAAGUGGAUGUGAUCAGCUACCUAAGCGGAGUUGCAGAAGAAGUAAUCGAAAAAACCAAGUUUUUCCACAGCGGCCCUGAUCCCAACUACAAGCUGUUUCAAUCCGAAGAAGUAGUUUUCAAUGAUGAUGGGGAACCAGAAGAAAGUGGAGAAACUCAAAAGUCGGUUUAUCGGUCCGCUCCACUCAUUCAAUGUGGAGUGUGUCGUACGAAUUGUAUUGAUUGUAUAGAUCGAACAAAUGCGGCCCAAUUCGUGGUCGGCAAGGCAGCAUUGGCGCAUCAGUUACACGCACUAGGAAUCAUCAGAUCCAAAGUAGCACCUUACGACUCGGACGCCGUUGACAUCCUGACCAAUAUGUACCACGAUUUAGGUGACACAAUUGCGCUCCAAUAUGGCGGUUCUCACUUGGUCAACACCCUUCAGACAUAUCGCAAGACGGGAAAUCAAUACAAGAGUCAUGCUCGAGAUACUCUCGAAGGACUCAAAAGAUUCUACGCGAACAGUUUUGCUGAUGCCGAUAAGCAAGCCUCAAUCAAUUUGUUUCUGGGUAUAACAGAGUCGGCACCUUCAAUGAACACAACAGCAAUAUCCAAUAGAAUCUCAUCCUCAAGGAUCGACUUGGGACCGGAAUCUUCCAUCAUGAGUUCACUUGCUGCUUCUACAAUAGGCAGUCCCGCAAGUGAUAGUGACAGCGAAAACUUUAUUCGAUUUGAACCAAUCAAUCCUGUCAAGCGAUCUUAUACCCAGUGGUUUCAUCCUAACCACUUAAUCAAACCUCCACAAGAUCCUGAAGUAGUUGCGAAGCAUCUCUUAGAUGUAAGCCGAAAACGCGGCAACGACGAUUAUUUCAUCCGCUACUAUCGCCCUUGGCUUUGGACGAGCACCGAAAAUCAUUUAGGGAGGAAGAUGAAUAGUAGUGACAUGUUCAUCCCCAAAGGAUUGACAACCAUGGUAUACACUUCGACCAAGGCAAUGGAAACAAACUUAUCACCUUUCAAGAGGAGAAGAGGCGUAAAUGAAAUAAUUGAGCGGAUGCCAAGACAUUCCGCCGAGCGAACUCCACAUGGUGUUGGGGUUUCAGUUGGUGUUCGACGAUGGCUCAAGACGAAAUCCAACCUGACUCUGAAGUCAAACUUGAGCACGGUCAAAGGUGUUAGUACCAACAAAGGGCCGUCGAAAGGCCAGCUGAGGGGGGGCCGAGAACCGCGAAUGUCAGCUAUGGUCACUCAUGGAGAGACUGCACUUGGCCUCAAUUUCCACGACGAUCAAGCUUCAUCCGUGGCCGGAGGGACAGGAAACGAAACCAAAAGACUCGCCACCAAGUUGCUUCAACCUAAUGUCGACGUAGAAGAGGCAAGGGAAUAUAACUCGUACUUGCACCAGUUCGACAAAUUGAAGCUUUACUCAACCUCAGCGAGGAGUGACAUAUAUGAAGCCGAUCUGAAGAUAUACGAAAAGUCGGCGGCACUGUCCUCUCCCGAUCCAUCCGAGGGUUACUAUCCGACGUCUACUAUUCAGGUCGAAAAGAAGAAUAGGCUUCUUUAUGAGGAAGCAGUCAUGGUUGCUACUAUGUCUGCUCUUAAUUGA